GCACUUCUACUUGUUAUAUAUAGCACAGUUCAGUGUCAAAAGAAGAGUAAAGAGAAUUUAAGUACUAAAAUGGGAGAGAUCGUUUUACCAGCAGUUUCAAGCCCAACUGUGUGUGUGAUUGGUGCCGGAGGCUUCAUAGGUUUUUGGCUUGUCAAGCUUCUCUUAGAGAAAGGUUAUACUGUUAGAGGAACAGUGAGAAACCCAGAAGAGCCUAAGAAUUCUUACUUGAAGGAGCUCAGUGGGGCUAAAGAACGACUAAUUUUCUUUAAGGCAGAUAUUCUUGAUUAUAAGAGCCUUUUGAAUGUCAUGAAAGGAUGUGAUGGUGUAUUCCACACUGCUUGUCCUCUGACUAACAACGUAGAACAAGUGCUUGAUCCCGCAGUUACCGGAACAAUAAAUGUGGUGAAUGCUGCAGCAGAAGCCAAGGUUGGCCGCUUGGUUUUGACAUCUUCAAUUGGAGCAGUUCACAUGAACCCUAACAGGGACUCUGAAGUUGUGGACGAGGCAUGCUGGAGUGACCUCGAGUAUUGCAAGAACACUAAGAACUGGUACUGUUACGCAAAGACAGUAGGAGAGAAGACUGCAUGGAAGGAGGCGACAGAGAAGGGUCUGGACCUGGUGGUGGUGAUCCCAUCUGUGGUUUUAGGCCCAUCACCUCAGCCCACUAUCAAUGCUAGUGCAGUUCACAUACUCAAAAUGGUUGAUGGAACUCAUAAAACAUACCUUAACACAGUUCAAGGUUAUGUGCAUGUGAAGGAUGUGGCCUUGGCUCACAUACUUGUGUACGAGACUCCGUCGGCAUCUGGCCGGUACCUCUGCACCGAGAAUAUAGUACAUCGUGGCGACAUCGCUAAACUACUCAGUGAAUUGUUCCCUGGUUAUCCUAUUCCAAACAACUGCUCGGAUGAAGUGAAUCCAAGGGCCAUUCCUUACAAGUUCUCGAACCAAAGGCUUAAGGACCUGGGGCUUAAUUUCACACCAGUGAAACAAUGUCUUUAUGACACAGUCAAGAACUUUCAAGAGAAGGGUUACCUUUCCAUCUCUCUCCGGUGAUUAGAUCCUUUACAUAAUCCAUUGUCAAUCAGGACAAACAGAUCCAGGAUCCAUAUUUGUAAGACCAAAUCCAAAUGGGCUAGGACAAAUUAGGUAUACAAGAUGUAUUACUUAAGGGAAAUUUUUAGGGAUGAUUUCUCCUUUCUAUCGAAAAGAGAUCUUAGAAAUUUUAAUGCUUAUUCUCAAACUCUUUGUUUAUAUAGUAGUGAUAUUUU